AUGUCGGUUGAAUCAAUGGCUGAACUUUAUGAAUCAUGCCUGCGUGACCAGGGAACAAAGGAGAAAGCUGCCUGUCCAGGACUUGGUCUGUUUUAUACCGUACUGUCUGCCUUCCUUUUCUCAGUGGCCUCUUUAUUUCUUAAAAAAAUAGAAGAUGUUCAUUCGGUGGAAGUGAGUGCAUUUCGAUGUGUUUUCCAAAUGGCAUUCGUUCUUCCUGGUUUAAUAUACUACAAAACAGGGUUUCUGGGACCAAAAGGUAAAAGACUUUUCCUUCUCUUCCGAGGAUUCCUUGGCUCUAGCGCAAUGAUUCUUCUCUACUACGCUUUCCAAGUCAUGCCACUGGCUGAUGCCACUGUUAUAACUUUUAGCAGUCCUGUUUUCACAUCGCUGCUGGCAUGGAUUUUUCUCAAAGAGAAAUACAGUCUUUGGGAUCUUCUCUUCACCCUCUUCGCAAUCACUGGAGUGAUCCUCAUUGCCAGACCCCCGUUUUUGUUUGGGCCAAACGUUACAGGAAUUGAAGGAAGUUACACGGAUCACGUUAAAGGAACUAUAGCAGCAAUUACAAGCACAGUAUCUGCAGCGUCGACUUUGGUUAUACUGAGGAAGGUGGGGAAAUCUGUGCAUUAUUUUUUGUCAAUUUGGUAUUACGCAGUCAUUGGUUUAAUCGGAUGUGUUAUAGCAUUGUUUGUUAUGAAUGAAUGGCGUUUACCCUAUUGUGGUAAAGAUAGGGUUUUUCUAAUACUAAUAGGCAUGUUAGGAUUAGGGGGUCAGAUAUUUCUCACAAAAGCAUUGCAGAUAGAGAAAGCCGGACCUGUAGCCAUAAUGAAAACAAUGGAUGUGGUGUUUGCUUUUAUUUUGCAGAUUCUUUUUCUUAACCAUCUACCAACUUGGUGGACGGUGGGCGGUGCUCUUUGUGUAGUAGCCAGUAGCUCUGGAACUGCCAUUCGUAAGUGGCGACAAAGCUUGAAAAAAGCGAAGGAAAAUGAAAUCUAG